AGAACAUUGCAGACAUCAUGAAAAUUCUUAUUUUUGCCUUUUUGGCACUGGCAGCCUAUGUGGCGGCUGACAAUAAGGUCGUGUGCUAUUACAACAGCAAGGCGUACUUCAGGGACGGUCAGGGAAAAUUCGACGUGAACUUCAUAGACCCCGCUCUACAAUUCUGCACACACUUAAUUUAUGGUUACGCUGGCAUUAAUGCCGAAACUUUCAAAGCACAACCUUUGAAUGAACUUUUCGAUGUCACCAGAGACAAUUAUAGACACAUCACCGAAUUGAAGAGACGUUUUCCUGGAUUGAGAGUCCUUUUAUCGGUUGGCGGAGGUGAAGAUAUCGGAGAUGAUGGCAAUAUCAAAUAUAGGACAAUUCUCGAAUCAGUUGACCACCGCUUGGCUUUCGUCAACUCGGCUCAAGCCCUAGUCAAGAAUUUCGGCUUCGACGGCUUGGACCUAGCUUGGGAAUUCCCCGAAACCAAACCGAAGAAAAUCAGAGGCAAAAUCAGCUCGUUCUUCAGCAAACUCAAACACAAAAUUGUCGGCGAGUCUGUGAUUGACGAGAAGGCCGAAGAACACAAAGAACAAUUCACGGCACUCGUCCGUGAAAUCAGAAACGCCUUCAGACACGAUGGCCUCUUAUUAACAAUGAGUGUCCUACCCAACGUAAACAGCUCAGUUUAUUACGACCCCCGUGCCUUGGCCCCCAACCUGGACUUCAUCACCCUCGAAGCCUUCGACUUCUACACCCCCAAACGCAACCCCAAAGAGGCCGACUACCCCGCCCCCCUCUACGAACUAAUCGACCGAAAAUACGACGAAAAUGUUGACUACCAAGUCAGAUAUUGGUUGCAAAAGGGGGCCCCCAACAACAAGCUCAUCCUGGGAAUCCCCGCGUACGGCCGCGCCUGGAAAAUGGACGAGGACUCCUCGAUCAGUGGGGUUCCCCCGCUUUCGAUCGACGGUGCCCUCGAGGCGGGCCCUUACAGCAAAGAGGAGGGCCUUUUGAGCUACCCCGAAGUGUGCGUUAAACUUGCCAACCCCCAGAAACUGACCACAGCUGCUGGGAAACAUUUGAGGAAAGUCGGAGAUCCCUCCAAGAGGAAAGGGACUUAUGCGUUCCGCACCCCUGAUGAAAAUGGAGAAGGUGGGGCUUGGGUCGGGUAUGAGGACCCCGACACUGCAGGAAAUAAAGCUUCGUAUGCCAGAGCAAAGGGAUUGGGUGGUAUUGCCAUUGUGGAUAUCACCUUAGACGAUUUUAGGGGGCUCUGUACCGGUAAUAAAUACCCAAUUUUGCGUGCCGCUAAGCUUGGAUUGUAAUUAAAAGCGAUUUCCACUAAUUGUGUUAUUUUAUGUAAAGUGAUAUUGUGAUUUUGACAAAUAAACUUUUUACAAAAAA